AUGUUUGUGGCUUUGGUUCAUAGAUGGUGGAACUCUGGAAAGCCUACGAGUUCAAGUGCCUUAAAUAGCAAUAUUGAUGUCACAACACUCGAUGAAAAAGAAAUAAACUCCUAUUUCAAUUCAGCAGCGUCAUUUUUACCGAGUAUUACUGAUCGAGUGAACGAGCAAGUUCUGCUGCGGCUAUAUGGAUUGUACAAACUAGCAACUAUGGGACCUCCAACAAGCGAAGACAAGCCAAGUUUCUACGACGUUCGUGGGAAGAAAAAGUUUCAGGCAUGGAGUGAUUUGAAGGGCCUGUCACCAAGAGAUGCCAUGGGUGAAUAUAUUCUAGAGAUUGACUCACUUGGAUUGGGCUGGAAUCCAAAUGUGAGCGUCAAUCGUCAAACUUUUGGUAAAUUACCGAGCCGUCCAGCAGUUGAAGAGCCAGAAGAAACAAAAGUCGAAACAACGGAAGCUCUUUGGUUUUUGUCCUGUCAAAACGACGAUUUGGAAGUGGCUGAAAGGCUUCUGGCAAACGAUUCAAAUCUAUUAAACAUGGCAGAUAAGGUGACAGAGUUGACAGCACUUCACUGGGCGAUCGACAAAGGUUCUAAAAACGUUGCGAAAUGGUUGAUCGAUUGUGGGGCCGAUGUUGAUAUUCAGGAUCCCGAUGGAAAUACGCCACUGCACUAUGCUGCCUAUUGCACACAAUAUGAAAUUGCCCAACAUCUUCUGGCGCACGGAGCCAAUUCGACGAUCAGAAAUGAAGAUGAUUCUACUCCACAAGAAUGUGCGGAAAACGAUGAUCUGAAAGUCCUUUUGGCAGUAGACUUGAAUGUUACCCAAAGAAGUAAGCGA